CGAUUAUAUUUUCUUGCUCGACCUUUGGCUGAAAGGUGACUAUCGGGCUACGGGCUUUAUUAUAGUGAGAGAUGGCGACUAUGUUACGACAGGGUUGUGCUGUCUUCGAAGCAAUUUCUCGUAAAACUGCCCCUAAGUUCUUGGGUGGCGCUACACCAGUUCUUCAGAAGCAGCAAAAAAGGAAUUUGAAUGUACAUGAACAUAUCAGCUACACUCUCCUCAAAGAUGCAGGGAUACCUGUCCCAAAUUUCGGGUUGGCAAAGAAUAAGAAAGAAGCGGCUGAGAUAGCGAAACGGCUAAACGUGAAGGAUAUUGUUUUGAAAGCCCAAGUUCUGGCAGGUGGCAGAGGUAAAGGGUCAUUCAAAGGCGGCCUUAAAGGAGGUGUCAGAAUGGUGUACACACCGGAGGAAGCAGAAGAUAUUGCUGGGAAGAUGAUAGGCGAUUACCUGGUAACGAAACAGACUGGAGAAAAGGGACGAAUAUGUAAUUCAGUAAUGGUUACCGAACGUAAAUUUCCAAGAAAAGAAUAUUAUUUUGCCAUUAUGAUGGAGCGAGCAUUUUCUGGCCCAGUUUUAAUAGCUUCAUCCCAGGGUGGAGUCAACAUUGAAGAGGUAGCAGCAGAAAAUCCCGAAGCUAUUUUAUAUGAGCCAAUAAGCAUUGUGAAAGGAUUAUCGAAGGAACAAGCUGAAAGAAUAGCAGAGAGUGUUGGUUUGGGGGAUAAGAAAGAAGAAACAGCUGAGAUUUUGCUGCGCCUCUACAAGCUAUUUAUAAGCAAAGAUGCCGUACUGAUUGAAGUAAAUCCUUAUGCUGAGGAUGCCAGUGGUAAUUUUUAUUGCCUGGAUGCAAAAAUGAGGUUUGAUGACAAUGCCGAUUUCAGGCAGAAAGAAUUGUUCGCUCUUAGAGACUGGACACAAGAGGAUGAAAAGGAAGUAGAAGCUGCAAAGCAUUCCUUAAACUACAUAGCACUUGAUGGGGAUAUUGGUUGUUUGGUCAAUGGUGCUGGAUUAGCUAUGGCUACAAUGGAUAUCAUUAAACUACAUGGUGGUGAACCAGCAAAUUUUCUAGAUGUUGGAGGGGGGGCAACAUCACAGCAAGUCAUGGAAGCAUUCAAAAUCAUCACUGCAGAUCCAAAGGUUCAUGCCAUCUUGGUCAACAUCUUCGGUGGAAUAAUGAGGUGCGAUGUCAUAGCAGAAGGUAUUAUAGCUGCUGCUAAAGAGCUUAAUCUUCGACUUCCUAUCAUCUGCAGGCUACAGGGUACAAAUGUGGAUGAUGCAAAAGUUCUGAUAGCAGCAUCGGGAUUGAAGAUCUUGGCUUGUGAUAAUUUAGAGGAAGCUGCAAGACUUGCUGUGAAACUGUCCAACAUUGUCAGCCUUGCGAGAUCGGCAAAACUAGAUGUCAAUUUUGAGAUUCCCCUGUAAUAAGUUUAGCUACUUAAGUUUUUCUUUUUUAUUUUGUUUUUACUUUAUGAACAAAUGUAGACCACAUUUAAUUUAGGUAGCUCUUAAUAUAUGCAGUGUGGCUUUUAUAGCUGAUAGAAGGCUGUAGUAACAUUUGUAGAAUUGAUUUGUUAUUUUAUGUAUUGUACUUUGUUACUUAUUUAAAAGUAUUUUAUCUGAGCUUACAGAUCAUAGUAAAUACUCUGCAUGCUUGGUUUAAGCUUUGCUUUGCUUCGCUUCAGAUUAUGACUGGACUUUUAAGAAAUAAGCAGCUGUGUGUCUUGAAAUACUAUUUGAAUUGCUUAUAAACUGAUGUACCCAGGAUAAUAUGUCAUUCACAGCAGGCAAGAACUAGGGAAGCUGGUGCAGUUUUUAGUGCAGAGAUUUUUAUUUGUCUAUUGUUUUGACUGAUGGCACACCAAAAUGGAAUCUCAACUCUGAUAUUCAGAAUUAAGGUUCCAUUUUCAGAAAAGUAUGAGAAAACAUGAUAAUUGUAACAUUCAACUACUAGUAAAUCACAUUUUCCCUUAGUUGAUGUCGUGGACAGUACACUUUUGCCAUGGAGGGUUUAACACAAUAAAUUGUAUAUGAAAUGCUUUUGGUCGGAACUUUGUUUGCUUCGUAAGUUAGUGUAUCCUUUAUUUUGAUAAUGUUGUGCUUUUAAUUUAUUUGUUUGCAAAUAUUUAUUUAUUUAAUGUAAAUAGUGUUGAGAUAUUGAACAUUACAGACACUCAUUGACACGUUUGCUAUAUCUGAUUUUGCCGUAUCAGAGGUAUUUAGUUUUUAUGAUUAAUUAAUUUUACUUAAUUUUUACUUAUUUGAAUGACAAUUAUAUACCAAAGUUUUGAGCUUGAAAUCUUUUAGCAGAGAAUAAUUUCAGCAGAAAUGUGCUAGAUGCUGUGCUUUUAUUUGGUUUGUUCUUCAGUGGAGAGACCAUUGCAGCAUAAAUGGCUGAAAAAAAAAAAAACUGUGUUUAGUGUUUGCUAUAUUUAUAUGCAGUGAUAGUGACAAUUCAAAAAUUGUGACUUA